UGCUUCAAAACUGAAAACAAAAGGAUGAAAAUUAGAGAUAAAAACCAAAUACAGAAGUGCUAUUUAAAUAUCUUCAGUUGAAUUUUCUUGGCUCUGGGUCUCAUGCUUUUGACAUUUGGCUUGUGGCUUUUAUUUGACAGAAACAAUUUCUUCAGAGUUUUGUUUUUUUCUUCAGUUGAGAACUAGCCAGUGACAUAUCUUUCUUGCAUAAUACUUGGCAUUGGAUCUGUUAUUACUUUUACAUCAGCCAUGGGAGUCUUUGGAGUGUUGUGGAAAUCAAAUGUCCACAAUCAAUGGAACAAUAGAAUUGAUGAUUUUAUUUCUGAGUACAGGAAUGAGAGUCUGACUGAGCAGGAAUCUGUGUGGAACAUUCUGAAUGCUAUGCAGCACAAAAUGGAAUGCUUUGAAAUAUACAAUGGGAAGUGGGAAGUGAACAAAACAGAGAACAAUAAUACUCCGUUCCCAUGUUUAUGUACAAAAUACAAUCUGAAGAAAUGGUUUUGUGAUGUCCCAAGGGAUUUAACAUGUAGUGUAGGAUAUGAAGAACAUUUAAGUACAUAGUUUGAAAACAAUGCUCUCACCUUAAUUGCAAUUACUAUAAGCCUACUAACCACAGAGGAGAAGGAUCUUUUUACUAGCAAUCUCCUGUAUAUUCAAACACCAUCGGAGAUUAUAUUGUCCAAAGCCUUCAAAGUCAAGUGA